AAUUAUGUGCUCUGAUGGUGAAAAUGGUAAAUAACAAACUAACUCAUUGGUGCUUCUGCAUGUUUGACUGAGCAUUUGUGCAUUUCUCUUUGUCACGCCACCUUGAUAAAAAUGAGUUCCUGUUCCUUUAAGGGAUGUCUCCAAAAGUGACUUCAGCGGUGUCUCUUAUAUUCCAUAGUCAGAGAAAGUCCAGAGGCAGAGUGUGGAAUCUUCUCCAGGUGCUCAACAAUCAGCAGAUACUGUGAUUCCAUCCAGCAGAAGAUUUUGUCAUCAUGAACACAGACAAGCAUCCAGAAAUCGACUCUCCUGAAGCAAAUGGGAUGGACAUGUGCAACAGCGUGACAGAUGUGAAGCCACGGAAGGAAGAGCAGAAAGAAGAUAAGUCAUUCUUUGAAAAUGGAAUGGAUUGUACUAAAGAUAUGAGACCUAUAAAGACUGAGACAGAAGAGAUGGAAGAUAAUGAGCCGCUCCCAACUGUAACAAAGAAAACACCGAACUUGCUGAAAGAGGAAGAAGGUGCCAGCGAUGAUGGGAUGGAGGAAGUGUUAGAUGGGGAGAGGACAGAAGAGGAGGAUGAUGAUGAGAAGGACAUUGAAGGGGAUGAAGAAGGAGACUCCCUCAAUGAGCCUCAGGACCUGUCCAUGGUGGACUACACGCAUUACGAGAGCACGGUCCCAUCGGACGCUGAUGCAGCAGCAGGGAGCUACGUGGCUGAAACCAUGGCCCCCCGACUUCAGGCAGCAGGCAAACUUAACUGUGACAUCUGUGGCCUGUCCUGCGUCAGCAUCAACGUACUGCUGGUGCACAAGCGUAGCCACACGGGUGAGCGUCCAUUCCACUGUGCUCAGUGCGGGGCGUCCUUCACUCAGAAGGGAAACCUGCUUCGCCACAUCAAACUGCAUUCUGGGGAGAAACCUUUCAAAUGCCCCAUGUGCAGCUACGCCUGCCGUCGGCGUGAUGCUCUAAGUGGGCACCUGCGCACCCAUUCUGUAGAGAAGCCCUUCAAGUGCAACCACUGCAGUCGCAGCUACAAGCAGCGCAGCUCCCUCGAAGAGCACAGAGAGCGGUGCCAUGUGUACAUUCAGAGCAAAGGUCCCACUGAGCGAGAGGACGGUCACACAUCCAGGAGUCAAAUGGGCACCGAGCGUGCACUGCUUCUCGACAGGCUCGCCAGUAAUGUAGCCAAACGCAAGAGUUCAAUGCCACAAAAGUUUACGGGCGACAACGGUGUCUGUUUGGACUUGAGCUUUAAUCGGGAGCUGGUUCACCGGACUGAUGUGAAGGAUCCGCCGGGCUCCCCUGGGUGUGACACCCACCACCUGCAACAACCCACUCUCACAAGCCCAGACAGCGACCCCCCCCCCUCCCACAGGUCCUACCCGGUGUCAUUAACUCGUAACGACAUCAGCCCUGUGGCCCUCACCAACGGCCAUAAGAUAGCCAUGCCGCUCCUCGGGCUCCCUCACACCAGCCAGCCUCACCUCAACAUGGACUCAUUCCACACCGACACUCCCCACAUAUCCCAGCCUGUCAUGUACAGCUUAGGGCACCUCCUGGGGGGUCUUAACCACCAGAACAGCGUCUCUCAUGCACAAACUCAGGCAAUCCCCUUGUCGCCGCUGGAGGCUUUACGGGUGGCCAGUGUUGACGGGGAGGCGGGAGGCGUGUACCCCUGCAGCCACUGCAGGGUGAUCUUUCUGGACUAUGUCAUGUUCACCAUCCACAUGGGAUGCCAUGGGUUCCGCGAUCCACUCGAAUGCAACGUGUGUGGUCACCGCAGUCGGGACCGCUACGAGUUCUCAUCCCACAUAGUGCGCAGCGAGCACCGAGUGGAACUGAAGUAGAUGUCAAUCGCACAGACAUUCUCAUGAUGACACAUGCUUACACAAACACACGCGCCCAGACGACGCUGUGUGACCCAGACAUUUGCUCAUAUAUGUAGCCCGUAGUAUCAGAAAUGAAAGCAUGAAGCGGCAGUUAUUUGUCUAUCUCUUUGUCUUUACGUGCGUGUGUGUAUUAGAGUGAGAGAGACGUUAUAGGAGUGUGGUGUUGAUAUGAGUGUUCUUAGUCACAAUGUACUCAUCUGAAAAGAUGACCUGUAAAGUCUACAUGCGGGAGUAAUUCUACUUCUUUUUCAUAUGUUGGAGUUGGACUUCAUUAUCAGUGCUGUAUCUGCUGCUUGUGUCUUAUAAAACUGUAUUCACGUGUUCAAAAUGAAGGUGGAAUUAAUGCAAUGAUCUACUGCUGGAAUAUUGUGUUACGUUGCAAAAAAAAUAAAAGUGAUUUAUUUUUUUUUUAUCACACAAAGACUGAA